ACUAUAGCAUUUGUGCUGUUAUGCCUUAUAUUUUUUUACUGUUUUUUAGAGCAGAAAGGCGCUUCCCACCAAAGUUUUCGCAACAAACAAAAGCGAUCAGCAGUGAUAAAUCGCCGAUAUAUCUGGCCUGCUACCUACGAAAAAGGGGAGGUUACCAAGGUAGUCAUUGCCUAUACAGUUAAGACUGGAGGCUGGUUCAGCGGACUUGGUAAGCACGACAUAGUUCCCAUAACAACCAACCAAUUAUCAUGGUACACACAAUAACAGAAACAUCAGAGCUGCUAAGUCUUGCUAUAAUGAAGCUUGAUGUAUAGAUUAUCAAAGCGUAAGUUCUCGUGCGUGAAUUUGCCGUUUGACGUCCUAUCCUGUUUUAGGUGACGAAGAUAAAAAGACGAUCAGAGAGGCAGCUGAUGUCAUUGCUAAACACACCUGCAUACGAUUUGUGGAGAGGACAGAUCAGGCCGAUUAUAUAGAGUUCUACGAAGACGCAAAGUGAGAAGGAAUAUUUCCAUUAUUACUACUUACAAACUCAGAAAACCGGCGGGAAAGCUGGAAUAUUUCGGGAAUGUUGGUUGGGUAGUAAUAAAUGACAAUACAAUAAGGACGAGACACAUAACUCAGCAAAGCUACAGGCCAUAUUAAUAACCACAAAAUUUAAUUUAAUUUUAGCGCUGGUGGUUUUCUUUCUUAGCUGAAUAAUCUUUCGUUUAGAUUUAUCGACUUAGAUAAAAUUAAACAGUUCUAGUUAUAUUGACGCUUUGGAUGAAAUUGCACAAUUGCUGAUAACAUUCGCUCUGUUGCAGGAAUUUUUGUCAGUCACAUAUCGGUAAAAAAGGCGGGAAACAGCUGCUGUCACUCGGGAGUGGCUGCAAAAACAGGGGUCACGUGACUCAUGAACUCAUGCACGCGUUGGGUUUUUUCCACGAACAUACACGACCUGACAGAGACAAGUUUAUCAAGAUUUUGUGGGAUAACAUCUUGCCUGGUAAUUCUGAUUCUCAAGUUGAUUUCAACGCUCUAGUGCUGCAACACAGCGAAACCGCGACGAAGUAACAUUCCAUAUUGUAAAUUUUAUUGAAGAUGUGAUCGUCGCAGUAGUAAUUGUUAUUAAUCAAUUUUUGUUAAUCAAUUGCAAAUUAACCCGAAAAAAGUUUUCGGGAAUUGAAAGGGAUUCGAACUUAUGCCCUCUCCGUUAGCGCUGCAGUGCUUUACCAACUGAGCUAUGAAGACCCACAAAUUGGGAGUAGGCCAGAUUGUUGAGUUCAGCUUAACCCGUGAAAGGAAUGAAGCAUAGAAUGAAGAUGUUGUGAAGGUCCCAGAUUGUCCUGUUUACAGAUAUGCCCCUAUCGGCGUGAUUGACUAGGAACUCGUAAGAACUUUGUGUUUUCGUCACCAGAUGUGAAUAUUCAAUAAAUAUUUUAAUAAUUUUAUUUUAGAUUCUUAUUGAUUUUAUUUAUAAAUCUUGUUAACAGUAUUUGUUGCGUUGUUUUAUAACGCAUGACAGUCGUAUGGAAUAGGAGGUAGAUAAAGACUAUGAAAUUGUUUUUUUCUUGACUUAGAACAAAUCCAACAGUUUGCUAUCCGCACUCGUGGCGAGGUGACCUCACUGGGUCAGCCUUACGACUUUCAAUCAAUCAUGCAUUACUCUAACAAGGAAUUUAGUAGGAAUGGAGGAGAUACCAUACAGGCUAUCGCAGAUCCAAGCAUGUCGCUUGGUAAUAUCAACUCGCUGUCUGCCCUAGAUGUGAUGCAGAUUAACUUGUUGUACAAGUGUCCCGAAGCACUGACUCAAGGUACGGUGUGCAUUUGUUUACCCCAACUUAAGGCAAUGCCCACAGGACACCCACUCACACCACGCCUUAACACCACACCAUAGCCAGUGUUUUAAGGUAUGCGCACUAUCCACCACAGGUACAGCUAUGAACAGCUCUUACUGCCUGUUGAAAGCCUUGCGUGUCACCUUUAUGAAGGUCAUUUCGCAGAUGUGUAUCUUGCUAUCAUUACUUUCUGAAAAAGUUUAUGAUUAUAGGCAUAGACUGGCCAAAUGGACGUAACGGUUUGUAGUCUCAGCACUGAGCAAAAAGUUCAUUUCUUUUACUUAAACAAUUUAUUUUGCAGCUGGUAACUACAUAGUGACAAUUUACACGGGAAACAAGUAUUUGGCUGGAACUGACUCUAGAGUUUUUGUAGAGCUUUUCGGUCAAACAGGGAACACAGGAGAAGUAGAAAUGGCGGGAAGUAAAAAUGCUUUUGAGAGAAGCAGGUUAGUACUAAGCAUUGCAUUCCUUUAAAGCUUAGUAUGAUAAACUGGGCCUGAAUAUCCAGGUAAAUAGUUCACUAAGGUUUGUUUGUUGUUUCUUUUAGUACGGACACAUUCAACGUCAUUUCACCAAACUUGGGACUAGUGACCAAACUAAACAUCAGACGUGACAAUGCGGGAUAUGCAGCCGGAUGGUACCUAAACAAGGUAACGAUUACUACUGAUCCUUAAUCAAAAUACGGGGUGUUACAUGAUCUAACUUACAUGAUGAUGGGAGAGAAGGAAGGCCAAAAAACCAUACAAGCUAACAGGUGUAGUACACAACCAAUACCUCAACCAACAGCCAAUCGGCAUUUCUUACAUUUUCCCGGAUACUCUUUAACUCGUCCCCACGGCUUUCCCAAGCUCUUGGAACGCGGUUGCAGCAUUCCUCCCAGUCAAAUGACCUUUUUUCGGGUUUUAAAUAGUAUGCGAAGCCAUUAAAACACAUUUUUAUCAGUGGAAAUUUUAUGCUUGAGAUAAAUUUGGUAACUGUUCCAGUUACGUCACCACAGCACUGAAAUUAGGGACUUUAAGAUCCAACGACGCAACAGCAAUGAGAACGUCGCUUAAAAAGAGCAUUUGCGUUGUUUCAGUCUUUGUCGCAAUUAUUCCUACUCACUUACUUUGUCAAUGUAGGCGAAACCUCCUGGAGUUGAAUUCCUAGGCACCAUAUCCAAGUACAGAAAGAGAAAUAAAAUUUCGUCGUUGCUCGUUUACGUCCUCCAUAAAACGCGAAAUUAGGCAUGUUCACGCCGUAGUCGUGCAAUAACGGGCAGAGAAAUGCACAAAAAGACGUGGUGUACGUGCAAAGUUGUUGUUUUGCUAAUUAAACGUAUUGUUGUUAUUGUUGUUUUUUUUGACGCUCUCGUUACCGUCCGCGUCGUUGGAUCUUAAAGUCCCUAUUCUAACCCUAAACGGUAUACGUUCACAAGUAAAAGUAUUAACACUUGUAUCUCACUUCACACAGGUUCGUGUACAGAAUAUUAAAAGACAGCUGGAUGCAACAUUCUUGUGCUCCUGUUGGAUAGAAAGCUUUCACACCAAGACACUGUUUCCUGAUGAUAGUGUUUUCAAUGUUUACUCGAAAAAGAGCCGAGGAGCCAUUUAA